CCAGCACCAGCCAAAUAUUUCAUUCCCAGCCAAAUCUCCAUUAUGAUUUCCAACGUCACUUUCCAUGUAUGUUUAUAUAUAUUAUAGCCAAAUCACUGAUCUCUGAUGCACUCUACAAAAGCUAAGACUAGUGUUCUACUAGAACCCCUUGGUCAUAGAAUCCCAUCUCAAAUAUAUAUUCUAUCUGGAAGGUUUCUUCUUUAAAGUACUUCCAUGGCUGCAACUUCCAGCAGGGAUGAUGAGAUACCGUCAGUAAAUAAGGCCUGGACCUACUCAGAGUACGGGCAAUCUUCUGAGGUGUUGAAGUUUUUUACAACUGUACCUGUUCCUCAAGUUGAAGAAGACCAGGUCCUGAUCAAGGUUAUUGCUGCAUCCGUUAAUCCAGUUGACUUCAAAAGGAUUAAUGGGUCUUUCGGAGAUGCCACUAACUCUUCUUUUCCUACUGUUCCGGGGUAUGAUGUUGCUGGUGUGGUAGUGAAGGUGGGAAGCCAAGUGAAAAAAUUCAAGGUGGGAGAUGAGGUGUAUGGGGAUAUCAAUGAGAAAGGAUUAGAAGACUUGAAACAAUAUGGGACUUUGGUGGAGUACACUGCUGCAGAGGAGAAACUAUUGGCUCUGAAACCAAUAAAUCUCAGCUUUGCUGAGGCUGCUAGCCUUCCCUUAGCCAUGGAGACAGCCUACGAAGGCCUUGAACGAGCUCAUCUUUCUUCUGGAAAAUCACUUCUUGUUCUUGGUGGCGCUGGAGGAGUUGGAACUCAAGUUAUCCAGCUAGCAAAAUAUGUUUUUGGGGCAUCCAAAGUGGGAGCUACAGCAAGCACCGGAAAGUUGGAAUUGUUGAGGAGCUUGGGUGCUGAUUUGGCUAUUGAUUACACAAAAGAGAACUUGGAAGACUUGCCAGAGAAAUUUGAUGUGGUAUAUGAUGCAGUUGGGGAUGAGGGAGCAAUGAAGGCCGUGAAAGAUGGAGGUGAAUUAGUGGCAAUAACACCACCAGCAAAUACAUUUGUUCUCACUUCAACUUCUUCUAUUUUAGAGAAAUUGAAGCCUUACGUGGAGAGUGGGAAGGUCAAACCAGUGAUCGAUCCCAAAGGCAUAUUCCCAUUUUCUAAGACUGUGGAGGCAUUUUCCUAUCUCCAAACUUCAAGAGCUACUGGGAAGGUUGUGGUAUAUCCCAUCCCAUGAGUUGAAUAUAGAGAAGCUACGAGUUAAUAAAGAAGCAUUCCAACUAGUUCAGCGUCCAACUCUAAAAUCACUCAUCUCGUGAGUUAAAAUAUAAAUUAGUUUUGAAGAAUGGUUAAAUUUAAUGUAAAGUUUGAGCAUCUGUAGCAUAUUAGCAUGCAUGAUUUAUAUAUAUAUAUAUAUAAAUAUAUAUAUAUAUAUAUAUAUCUUGGUGUUUUAUUUAUUUAUUUCAUGAAAGUGAUCCCUUUUAAACAAAGGGGCACACUGAAAUUCAUUAAAACACCACAGAAGUGAUACAACCAAAAGUCUGGACAAGCACAUAAAAGACACAAGCAAAGGUUGGCUUAACCACACACAGCCACCAAAACAACAGAAACUGAAAACAAAAGAUAGAAGCUAAUGAGUUGCUACUCACGAGCACAGAGAAUAAAAGAAAAUCCAGACAACACCUAGAGGUAAAAUAACUAAAAAUAAGUCUCAAUGAAGAUAAUUAUGGGGGGAACUCAGAAUUAAGGUGGUUCAAAGUUUAAGAUCUUCAAUUGAGAGGGCUCCAGUAGCCUAUCCACGCGACCAAAGACAUUCGUUGUAACUCCAUAUAGCAGCAUUGUAGGCUGCCCGAUUGCAGCCUCUAUUAAUUUUGAUCAACUCCUAGUUAUUUACACCUCAUAAGUGUGAAAUGAAAAUGUAUUUUUAUUGUUGAAAAUUGAAAAAUAAA